AUGUCAAGCAACAAGUCCUAUCAUCCCUCUGACAGCAGCAGUGAGAUGGACGAGUCAGUGGGUAGAAUUAGUGAGGUUGAGGAUGAGAUUGAUGAUGAGGACAAGGACAAAGAUGGAGAUGAAGAAAAUGAGCAUGAGCAUGAAGACGACGGAGAAGAAAAUGGAGAAGAUGAAAAAAAGGAUGGUAUCCUCUUCCCCUCUCCCUCCCUCAGCUCCUCCACUCAAUCUGACCUCCCUCCUGAGCUGAUGAAUUGGCCCCGCCUGUCAGGAUCACCUACACACUCUGUAGAGCUGUCUCCUUGUCCAUCUCCAGGAAAUUUUGGUCGAAUCUACCAACCUGGUCCAGCAACAGCUCCAUCUCUGUCUCCCUCUCAACUUGGGCAGGACAUUCUCCCCUCUCCAACGCUUUCUGAGGUCAUUCAUCCACACGCUCUCUCUCUGUCUGGCAGAGGACAUCAGUGCCAAUAUUAUACGCGCUCCUCCUCCUCCUCCUCUCCGCAGUCAUUGAACGCCGUGCUUACAGAUUGGCAAAUGGAAACACGCAAGCAGCUGGGAGUUGUGACUAAGGAGAAGCAGCAGGGGACAGGAAAAAUCAAGGCUUGGUUUGUUACUCACCCGGCUUUAAAGGCACAUUUUGAUCAGGAAGAGGCCGAGCACAGUGGGAAGGCGAAGGAGAGGGCAGCGAAGGAUGCACAGAAGGCCGUGGAUGAGGCUGUCCAUACUGCACGCAUUCACAAGGACACUGUAUUGAAGAAUUUUGAGAAGCCCCUGUUGUCCUACAAACACAAGGAUGACCUCAUCACAGUUGCUGGGGCCCUGCAACUGUCAACCACAUGGGACGGUCAUGGAACUCCUCACUAG